UUCAACGGUUUCAUCAAAUUUCGACUUAAAUUUCGCUACUGAAACACCACGAAAAUGGCCUACAAACCGCAAAAAGUACAAAAGGUGAUGGUGCAACCCAUCAACCUCAUCUUCAAGUACUUGCAAAACCGAUCGAGGGUACAAGUUUGGCUCUACGAAAACGUCCACCUGCGUAUCGAUGGGCACAUCGUCGGUUUCGACGAAUACAUGAACUUCGUGUUGGACGACGCCGAAGAAUACUACAUGAAGACGAAGUUGAGGAAGCCCUUGAGAAGGAUAAUGUUGAAAGGAGACAAUAUCACAUUGAUACAGAACGUGAAACCGGAUGGAAAUUAGCAAAGCAACGAAAUUUGUUUGAAAGA